CCCCCUCCGCGUCACACCCCUUCCAUCCCAUCACCGGUUUCGAAAUCCAUCCAUCCAUCCAUCCUAAGCAGCGGAAGAAGAAGAAAAGAAAAGGAGAAAAAUCCACGCGAAAGCACAAGCACAGGACAGGGAGGAACAACCUUGCGUGCGAGGCGAGGCCGCUCCGAUUCGACAGACGCGCAGGGAAGAUGGACGCCUUCUACUCGACCUCGUCGGCGGCGGCGAGCGGCUGGGGCUACGACUCCCUCAAGAACUUCCGCGAGAUCUCCCCCGCCGUGCAGUCCCACCUCAAGCUCGUUUACCUGACCCUAUGCUUUGCCCUGGCCUCAUCUGCCGUGGGUGCUUACCUGCACAUUGCCCUGAACAUCGGUGGGAUGCUGACAAUGCUCGCGUGUGUUGGAACCAUCGCCUGGAUGUUCUCUGUGCCAGUCUAUGAGGAGAGGAAGAGGUUUGGGCUGCUGAUGGGUGCAGCCCUCCUGGAAGGGGCUUCGGUUGGACCUCUGAUUGAGCUUGCCAUAGACUUUGACCCAAGUAUCCUCGUGACAGGGUUUGUCGGAACCGCCAUCGCCUUCGGGUGCUUCUCUGGCGCCGCCAUCAUCGCCAAGCGCAGGGAGUACCUGUACCUCGGUGGUCUGCUCUCCUCCGGCCUGUCGAUCCUGCUCUGGCUGCAGUUUGCCACGUCCAUCUUUGGCCACUCCUCUGGCAGCUUCAUGUUUGAGGUUUACUUUGGCCUGUUGAUCUUCCUGGGAUACAUGGUGUACGACACGCAGGAGAUCAUCGAGAGGGCGCACCACGGCGACAUGGAUUACAUCAAGCACGCGCUCACCCUCUUCACCGACUUCGUCGCCGUUCUCGUCCGCGUCCUCAUCAUCAUGCUCAAGAACGCAGGCGACAAGUCGGAGGACAAGAAGAAGAGGAAGAGGAGGUCCUGAACGUGUGUCAUCUGCACAUCGUAGAUACCAUCGUCGCCGCCGCUACUGGUACCACCACCACUGCUAAGUACUUGUAGGAAUUAAGCUGGCGCAGUAACUUGGCGCCGUGCCACCCUUGUUAAUUCGCGCUCAUGUGAACCUUGUGUGAGUUUGCUGCUGCUGAUGAAGCUUUUGCAGACGCUGUCUGCGUUCCGGAUCUCUUCUUGUGUUCCUGUUACCGUCACGAUAAUCGAAUCAUGAGACGAUUUGGUUUGGUUUGCGAA